AUGGCCGGUCUCAGUCUCAUUGCCAGCACCGUCAGUCAAGUGAUUGCCCCUACAGCAAUAGAACUUCCAUUCAGCCAAAUCACCGCUGCCCCGAAACUUACACAUCAACGAGAUCUUCUACGGAGGGCAGCGACAGUCGACUCGGCAACCUGUGGCUGGGUCAAUGGCGAUCACGAUGAUGCACUCGCCUGUGCAGACCCAUAUCACCAACCAUGUCUCUGGAACUCCAACCUCCACGUGGUCGGCUGUUGUGCAGCAUCAGCCACUUCCGAUUGCAACUGGAAGACGUCCUGUGUUCCAUGGGCAAGUGUAAACUACGGCUGCGACUCAGACUGCCAGAAGAACGCCUACAACUUAAUAUGCCCAUCAGACAGACCACUAUGCGCAAUGGCCACGUUCGCUGGCCCAGCAGGCUACAGCUACAACAGCUGCACCGACAAAUCCGCCACCACCGAAACCGUGCACCUGACAUGGCAAGGCGGCGACGCAACAAUCCAAAACCUGCCCCGGUACUACGCUUCCUACUGGUCAUCGAGCAGCGGCACAAGCACAACAAAUACGAAAUCAAGCGGAACGGCGACGAAGUCCAGCGUGACGGCGACGCCCACAAGCUCCUCUUCCAACAACAUCGGCAGCUGGAUCCAGCGGCAUAAAUGGGCGGUGAUCGGAGCGGUCGUCGGUGUGCUCAUAGUGGUGCUGCUGCUGCUCGUUUGCUGUGUCUGCCAUAUCCGCAGGAAGAGGAAGGACCGGAAUAGAGGUGCCUAUGCACCGGCGGGGCAGGUGCUUUUCCCGGGGACGCAGGAGAAUGUCCCGCUGACGGGGUAUCGUCCCUAUGAGAGAGAUAUUUACGCUAAGACGUGA